UCGGGAUAUCGGUAACGUGACGCCUCUAUCUAUUUACCGUGCUCCACCACUAUGACGACGAUAGGGGGUGAGAGCGCCAGGGGACAUUAGUACGACGUAGGUGCACCUGCUGAAAGUAAGUGCCAGUAUCAACAGGACUCCGAACAAAAGUCCUCGUCAAUUAGUCAUAGCUCUACCAUUAAAUUCGCUUCUACUUGUUAGUGGGACUUGAACUGAAUUUCCCCUGGAUAGCACUUUGUGCUGACAUCUACCAUCCCCAUCAAACUCAGCAUUGCAGUGGGAGCUAACAGAGAUCAAGGAAGAAGGGGAUUGCCACUCUCUGUCUGUCGCCAGUCUUCUGAUAUAUUUGAACCACAUCACAAGUAGGGUACGGGAAGAUGCCCGUUCAGAUACCAGACGAUACAGACUUUACCUCUUUCAAGGAACAAUGUGAAAACCACGAAGGAUGGACAGCGCGCUACAACAAGGGAAGCGUGACUGUGUGGUGCAGGGAUGAAGAGUGUAAAACGAUCCAGAAACUAAAGAUGAGGAUAGUGUGUAAGGACGUGACUGCCGAGACACUUUACGACGUCCUUCAUGACACCAGCUACCGGAAGAAAUGGGACAGCAACAUGAUCGACACCCACGAUAUCGGCAGGCUCACUGUCAACGCAGACGUAGGAUAUUACUCCUGGAAGUGCCCGAGCCCCCUGAAGAACAGGGACUUUGUUACCAUGAGAUCGUGGCUUCCUCUGGGCAACGACUACCUGAUCAUCAACUAUUCUGUCAAACACCCGCAAUAUCCGCCCAAAAAGGACUAUGUGAGAGCAGUGUCUCUGCUGACAGGAUACCUGAUUCAGUCCAACGGAGAAAACUCCUCCACUCUCUAUUACCUGACGCAGGUCGAUCCCAAAGGUUCCCUUCCCAAGUGGGUGGUGAAUAGAACUUCUCAGUUCGUAGCACCAAAGGCCAUGAAGAAGAUCUACAAGGCCUGUCAGAAGUAUCCAGAGUGGAAGAGGAAGCACAACCCUAACCUGAAGCCCUGGAUUUAUCCCGAGCAGAACACCUUACCGUGUAUUAACGUGUCUGACCUUGUGCUACAGAGAGCCGACUCACUGGAGAACAUUGAUGAGAGCCGCCUGACGGAGGAGAAACAGGCACAACGUCACAGCGAUGACGAAGAGACCUAGGCUAACUCUGAGUGAAGACACUGUUUGUAUAUAUUUGUGUGGCUGUGUUUUCAAAAUGGCACCCUAUUCCCUAGAAAAUAACGGUAAAAGAAAAAAAGAGAAGUGUAUUACAUUUGUGCAGGGCCCAUAAGACUCUGGUCAAAAGUAGUGAACUAUAUAGGAAAUAGGGUGCGAUUUGGGACACACCCUCUGUGUUGGGUUUGGUGUGUGCGUGUGUUUCUGUAUUUCUGUGUGUGUGUGUGUGUGUGUGUG